AUGGUUUGGAUUAGGCGAUACAUGAGGAUUCCACAGGAGUUGAAACCUUCGGAGAUUUUUAAACAAAAUUCAUUGUCCCCAAGUAAAAUAUUCAUGCAGAUAUUUCUACUACAGGUGUUCUAUUAUCUGACUGCAUAUACCCUUUUUUAUUCUUGGGCAACACUAUGCGGAUAUGAUUUUAAGGCAUCAGAAUGGUUAUUUUCAUGGGAGCUAAUUGACUUUUCGAACUCAUUUGGUAUAUCUUUAGUUGGGUUAUGGUUACUUGAUUCCUUAAUAUGCGUUAUUUUCCUUACUGUUAUAGUUGGUAGAAGCAAGCUAGCGUGGGACUUCGCGGUUACUAUACAUGCAAUUAACUUAGUGGUCGUUUGGUUCCACACGAAACAGUUUCCGUCCUUUUCCUGGUUUUUACUGCAGCUUGCCUCAAGUCUCAUAUUAGUGUUUUUAGGGACCUGGACCACCAGAUGGAGAGAGCUUAGGGACACAUUCUUCGAGGGUUUAGUGGACGACGAAUCAUUCAAUGGAAAUAGAGCGGAGUCAUCGAUCACCAAUAGCGAUCAACAGCGAGAACAGUUUCCGUUAAAGGACUUGGAAGCGCAAAAGUAA